AUGCAGACUGGAAAUCGUUCCAGGCCAUUGGCCUCCCAAACCAGCAAUGACCCAACAUCACGAGCGUUAGCACUGCCGACUGCGUCGUCAUCUCAGCAGGCGAUCGAUGACGAAAAUCGUUUCAGGCCAUCAGCCUCUCAGACCAGCAACGUCCUAACAUCGGAGGGCGAGCUAGCCGUAACGGAUGAAUUGAAGGCGUUCAACAGCAUUUUGGCCGCGGACUUUUCACUGCAUGAGGAGGGUGUGAUUACCACUCCGAACGCGACUUACAUACCCGAGUUCCCAGUCAUACAUGAUGGGCAAAUUGUCGCGAGGCAGGAUGGCCGAUGGGGGCCUCAAGAAUACUCGAGGUGGCCGCAGAUGUAUGACCGCAAGGUCAUCCACCACAUGUGCAUCCCGACUUUGCAGAGCGUGGUGGAGGCGGAUGCGAUGGUGCUGUGGGAUAAGAUACGGGUAUGGGAAUGGGAGGUAGACACCACAUGCCGCGUGCCCGAGCUGGGCUUCCUGGUGGAGGACAAGCUCAAAGCACUCACUGAGACAGCCCUGCGUGUGACACACAGAUUCAAACACAAGCUUGGCAAUACGGUCUCAGAGAAGAACAAAGCCGGCAUGCAGCUCCUGCUGAUGCUUGUGCAAUGCCUUGACCGUCUUCACCUCUUACUGACCUCUUGCAAUCACGCGAUCAUGCUGGGUGCACAUGUGCAAUGCCUCACCCUCGAGUUGUGGGGGUACGUGAACUACUACUCAGUCAUCAUCGGUCACCUCGAGACCCUGACUCUGCAUGAGAGUGUGGAUUGGGAUGUAUUACCAGUCUGUGGUGCAUUCACAAAUGACGCGAGUGUCGCGCAGUUAUUGUUCCGUGUCGGCGUGCCAUUUUGGUUCAUCCAGACGAAGACUGACAAGACGAGGAUCAAGAAGUGGGCAUUCCCUGUGCCUAUCAGCAACGAGCUAAGCCUCGAAAUGUCAUGGCCGUGCCUUCUCAGGAACGAGACCGAUCUCGCAGGGAUCUUGAACUGCCUGGGAGAUUGGCCCUCAAGGAUGCUGCACGAGGCUACCAAUGCCGUCUGUGAUGUGCGCCUGCCACCUUUGGAAGGCACAUCCAAAAGCUCAAGUGCUGAGCAGCCCCCACAGAAGAAGCAAAAGGACGACAAGCAGCUGUCCAUUCAGCAAAAUGAUGGCAACGUCGAGUCGCAGGCCUCACACUCUGUGGCGGAGUCCUCCAAGAAGUCCAAGCGGUCGCAUCGUGGCAUGCGAGGAAAAAAGAAGCACCACGUUGAAGGUUCUAGCACGGAGACGUUGCAGCCCGCCCAUCCAUCUUUGGCGCAUGAGUGCAGCACAUUAAUUGGUGCUGCGUGGAACGUCGCACUCUCAGCUGUGCCGUCUUUGGCAGCUCCCGCGCGGGCGACAACGUACUUCUUCCCUCCACCUUUCAUGCUUAGGUGCUCCGGCGACAAGCUUAGGCGCCUCCCACUGAAGAUAGCAGAAUGGCAUGAUGCGUUGUGGGGGGAUUACAGCCUGGACCAGGCGGUGGAUGGCAGCAGUGCAAUCACAGCGAGCGGAAGUGUCAAUGCCUCUGUAGAGGGUGAGAUGGGGGCGACUGAGGGCCCAAUCCGCACGAGUGAUGCCGCGGGCCCCAUGUCGCAAGUGAAUUCCAUGAGUAAGGCUGGCUCUGCGAAAAAGGUGAAGGAUAGGCACGAGCAACAGCAGAAUAUUCACCGUCUCUUUGCUGCGACCAGCUGCAUGAGCUCCUACAUCGAGACUGUGCAACCGCAUUUUGGCAUGGACUUAAUUUCAGUGGAUGACGUAGACGAGCUGUGCAAGAAGCUGUUGUGGGAGGUUCACGAGACCAACUGGCGUUGUAAGCUGCGUGCGUUGGACACUCAUCUAUUGGACAUGAGCAAGUGGAGCUCCAUGCACCGCUGGGAACGCGAGGUGCAACUCGCGAAAAACUCACGCGACAUUGUCUUCUGCUGGGUGCAUGCUCCUGCGCAGGGAUGGCUGCCGUGCAAAAAAUUCUUGGCCGCUUUCAUUGCCGUUAUGCAGCGAUGGCCAGAACUUCUGGAAGGCUUACGACUGGAUGCGCACAAGGUCCUCGCCUAUGAGGCGGACGAAUACAAUCUCUUGCAAGAGAACGUUGUCCGAUUCUACAUGACGAUGUUCCCCGACGAACGCCAUGCCAUCGUGGCAAGCUAUGGCAUUAACAACACGGACAACCUCGGCAUGCUCUUCGAGAUUUGUCGUGCGACUCCAAAAUGUGCCCGCCAUCUCAAGCGGCUCUGA